AUGUCUUACGGCCAACCGAACCCGUACGAGCAGGCGCCAGCGCAAGAGGCCGGUCACGGCUAUGGCCAGCCGAACCCCUACACGCAAGACAACUAUGAGCUCCAAGACACGUCCUCGUACCAAAACGCCGGCGCUGCCGGCGCCACCUCGAGCAGCACCCGGGCGCCGCUCUCGCAGCAAGACUUUCUCGCCCGCGUGCAGUCGCUGCGCAACGACAUCACGCGCCUGACGGGCGACAUUGAGACCAUCGGCCAGCUGCACCAGCGCUCGCUCGGCGCCGCCGACCCCCAGGCCGACCAGCAGCUCGAGCACUACGUCGCCCAGACGCAGAUCCGCAACACGGCCAUCAAGGACGGCAUCAAGGCGCUCGAGCGCGACCUCGCCCGCACCGCCGACGCCUCCCGCAAGACCAAGCAGACCCAGCUGCAGUCGCUCCGCACCUUUUUCAAGUCGGAGCUCGACUCGUACCAGAGCAUCGAGCGCGAGUACAGGCAAAAGUACAGGGACCAGAUUGCCCGCCAGUACCGCAUCGUGAACCCGGAGGCAUCGGAGCAAGAGGUUCAGGAGGCGGCGGAGACCGACUGGGGCAAUGAGGGAGUCUUCCAGACCGCCCUCCGCACAAACCGCUCCGGCCACGCCUCCUCCCUCCUCGGCAACGUCCGCGCCCGCCACAACGAGCUCCAGCGCAUCGAGCAGACCCUCACCGAGCUCGCCGUCCUCUACCAGGAGCUCGCCACCAUGGUCGAGCAGCAGGAGACGGUCAUUGCCGACACCGAGAACAAGGGCCAGGACGUCGUCGACAACCUCGAGUCGGGCAACCAGCAGGUCGCCCAGGCCAACAAGAGCGCCCGCAACCGCCGCAAGCUCAAGUGGUGGUGCUUCUUCAUCGUCGUCCUCAUCAUCAUUGCCGCUGUGCUCGGCAUCGCCCUCGGCAUCACCCUGACCAAAAAGGCCAGCGGCAAUUAA